GACCCCUCUGCAUCACACCAAUCUGAGGAUGACUCCAGCCAGGACAUUCUGACCAGACAAGCUACUGCUAUUGUGUUGACUGCAAGAGAAAGACACCAUCUUUCGCAGACUGGUGUGAAUGAUGUUGUGGCGGCAAUGCAACAGUACCAAGCUUCGUUGGUAACCAAUCUGAGGAGUCGGCUACAAAGAGUAUUCCAUCAACAUCAGGGAAGUGAACUUGAAAAGGAGGCUCUGGAAGUAUUUGACCGAUUGGAGGAUCCGUUUGCCUCUGUUUCAACAACGUACAGGCAGGACUGUGUGAUUAAGGACCGUUUCCAUUUUGUAGAGUCAGAGGAAGUUAUUGUUGGGUAUACUGCUUGCUUUCUUAAAAAAGGAGCAAAAAGAGUCCUCUCUACCAUACCCAAAUGUUUUCAGUAUGUUCCUCUGAUCAAAAGUCUGGAACAGUUGUUGUCCCAUCCAAAAGUCCUGGCAAUGAUAGAUGAGCCACAGAAAUACAGAAGUGGCUAUUUGUAUGACAUUACAGAUGGUGAAUUCAUGAAAUCACACCCCUUAUUUUCUGCCCGGCCCUCUGCCUUACAGAUAAUCCUUUACACUGAUGACAUUGAACUCUGUAACCCACUUGGGUCUCAUGCUUCAAAGAAUAAGUUGACAAUGUUUUAUUAUACACUUGGAAACAUUAAUCCAAAAUAUAGAUCAAAACUGGCUUCGAUUCGUCUACUUGCCAUUGCAAAGAGGAGCCAACUCUCUGAAUGUGGAGUUGAUGGAAUUUUGGGAAGGCUGCAUGAGGACCUAGUAAGGCUAUAUGAAGGUGUUAAAAUUAAAAUCGGGAAUGGUGAACGAGAAAUAUUUGGAGCAUUAUUUUCGAUAUGCGGGGACACUUUAGCUCAGCAUGAGCUUUGUGGUUUUAAAGAGGGUGUUGGUUUUGCUUUCAAGAAAUGUAGGCAGUGUGAAUGUACAUUUGAGGACAUGCAAUUGUAUUUUGAUGAGGAUUACUUUGAAGGAAGAACAAUAGAGAGACAUAUGCGUCAGUGUAGUGAUAUUGAGAUUGCCAAUACAGAGUCUCUUAGAAACAGUUUAAAAACUACAUUUGGGAUCAAUAGAAGGAGUAAAUUGGUAGAAUUCCCGGCUUUUAACUUGAUCCAACAAACACCCCAAGACAUCAUGCACGUAAUACUGGAAGGCAUUGCCCCAUUAGAAAUAAAGUGUGUGAUGAAACACUUAGUACUUUUAGGACAACUUGACUUGGAUGUUUUCAAUAGUGCAUUACUUGCAUUUCCCUACUCUCCACAUGAUGUCAGAGACAAACCAAGCCUUAUAAAACACAGUACAUUAGCAUCCAGUGACAAUAAAUUAAAGCAGUCCUCAGGCCAAAUGCUUGUUCUACUUAAAAUUCUGCCAUUUCUGAUAGAUGCAGUUAAAGGCAAUGAGUACCACACACUCAUUCUUGAGCUGAUAGAGAUAGUUCAAAUUUUGUUUGCUCCUGUUAUUUGUCUACAGACUAUCAACAAAUUGAAAUCACUUAUUGAACAGCACCUAAAACAUAUGAAGAACCUUUUCCCAGAUAACAACAUCACUCCAAAGCAACAUUAUUUGAUCCAUGUGCCAUCUCAGAUUAAGCUACUGGGACCAAUGGUUCGUCAUAUGUGCAUGAGAUUUGAAUCAAAGCAUUGCUUUUUCAAACAGUGGGCUUCAAAACUCAAUUUUAAAAAUGUUUGCAAAUCCUUAAUAAAGCAUAAUCAAAUGUAUGAAUGCUGUCAGAAUGUAAGUAGUUCUGAACACCCCAUUUUUUCAAAUGAUUGUACAUUAGGACCCAUAUCAGAAAUAAGAAACAUGUCAUACUUAAAAGAGAAAACCAGAGCCUUCCUUGGAAAUGAUGAGGUUAACCAUGCUGUUUCUGUAAAAUGGAUUAAUCUAAAUGGCAACAAAUAUAUACGGGAAAAGUCAUUAUUUGUGAGUGAUGUUAAUUCUGAUCUGCCAGAAUUUGGACUUUUAAGAAAUAUCUAUGUGAUUAAUUCAUCAUUGUAUUGUUUUGAGUUCAUGCCGUACAACACCAUUUGUUAUGAUAGAGAUUAUAUGGCAUAUCAAAUAGAGAUCCCAAACUUGGCACAAGCAACUGAACUGGUAUCUGUCGAUAACCUUGUAGAUUUCACCCCGUAUUACAGCUUUACUCACAAGGAUAUGGUCUGUCCCAAUGAAAUAUUACCUCGGGGAUGUGAUUGGGCUACACAAAGCCUCAUCUGAUGUAUUGUAAAAGGCACACUGUUAUUCUGUUAUUACAACAGCUGUGGCUCAUAAGAUAUGCAUGGCAAUUUGGCAAAAAGUUAUAGAAAUGUUAUGGAAAGUUUUGAAAUAUAUUUGGUAAGAAGGUAGUGGGCAACACAGAACUGUUUUAUAUCUUUUUCCCAAUCAGUCAACGGUCAUGUUAAACUGUAUUUUCAUGUUUGUCAUGUAAAUGAAAUAAAUUGCUGUCAUUUCUUAAGAUUCUUAAAUUGAGAAGUUGUGCGCGUGGUCUCAAUCUUAAAAUAAGGAAGAUAAUCUUGUUCCUUUGCUGGGAUAAUUAGCUAAAUAUGCCAACACCUUGUUACUAGUUAAAUCGAGCUUGAUAUUAGUUGGUAAAUCUUAUUAAGAAAAAGUUAGAUAUAUUUUCUCAAAAUAAGACUAUUUUUCUUAUGUUAAAUAUGCUUGGCAAGAUUUUUCUUCUUUUAAGACUUAAAAUAAGACACAUUUUCUCGAAAUCAGGCUUUUUUUACUUUCUUAAAAAUCAG